CUUUUGUUUAGUUUUCGGUAUAAAAGUGACGAUUAUUCCGAUUUGAAUAUCAUUCAGUUAAGUACAUCGGUUCGGUUCAUCACAUUUUAAGACGGCUUAACCGUUCUCCGUUCCGAGAACAGUUCCAUCGUCUGCUAGCAUAUCUUCAGCACUGUACUGUACCGUGCAGUCAUAACGUAUCCUGCUGCGGAUUGACAAUUUGCCACCCCGUGGAAAACGGAAGGAUUCUCCAGCAGGCUCCACUAUAAUCGAAAACAAAUAUGAGAUUCCAAUCCCGGCUAUCUGUUGUUUUUGUACUAUGCUGCUACCUCGGACCAGCAUUUGCCGCGACACUGACGAAGCGAGAGGCACCUCUUCCUGGCGGUAGUUAUUUGCCACCGUCAAGCGGAGGAGGUGCCGGUGGUUAUCCGCCUGCUGGACCGCCAAGUGGAAGCUAUGGACCGCCGAGCAACGGUAACGCAAAUGGAGGUGGUUAUCCAUCAAACGGUGGCGCUCCAUCUCAACAAUAUGGAGCUCCUUCCUCAGGUGGUGGCUUCGGAUCUCCGUCUCAACAGUAUGAUGUUCCAUCGACACCAUCUCAACAAUAUGGCGCUCCAUCCAAUGGGAACGGCUUUGGAUCGAGACCCCAAGCUCCUUCCCAACAAUAUGGCGCUCCAUCCAAUGGAAACGGUUUCGGUGGUCAAGCCCCAUCUCAACAGUAUGGUGCUCCUUCUAGUCCAUCUCAGCAGUACGGUGCACCAUCUAAGAGUAAUGGAAACGGUUUCGGUGGACGUCCACAAACACCUUCUCAACAAUAUGGGGCACCAAGCAAUGGUCAUGGAUCCAAUGGUGGCUCACGCCCAUCACAACAAUACGGUGCUCCUUCGCAGCAGUACGGAGCUCCAAGCAACGGAAAUGGUGGAUCACGUCCUCAAGCUCCUUCUCAGCAGUAUGGUGCCCCUAAUGGUAAUGGAAACGGUGGAUCGCGUCCUCAAGCACCAUCGCAACAGUAUGGUGCACCAUCUCAGCAGUACGGUGCCCCUACCAACGGAUAUAGUGGAUCUCGCCCUCAAACUCCAUCUCAACAAUAUGGUGCACCAACCAACGGAGCACCGUCUCAGCAAUAUGGAGCUCCAAGUAAUGGUAAUGGACACGGUGGAUCAUCAAUCAGCUCUCCAUCUCAACAGUAUGGUGCCCCCUCACAACAGUAUGGUGCUCCAAGCAACGGAAAUGGUGGAUCACGUCCACAAAGUCCAUCUCAACAAUACGGUGCGCCAUCUGCUGGUGCUCCAUCCCAGCAAUACGGAGCCCCAUCCCAACAGUAUGGAGCACCGUCACAGCAGUACGGAGCCCCGGCCAGCGGUGCUCCAUCGCAACAAUAUGGUGCUCCGUCUCAACAAUAUGGAGCUCCAAGUAAUGGCAAUGGCAAUGGCAACGGUAAUGGACAUGGUUCAAAUGGCGGUUUUCGUCCACAAACUCCAUCCCAACAGUACGGAGCUCCAUCCAAUGGUGCGCCAUCUCAACAAUAUGGUGCUCCGGCACAGUCUCGCCAGUCAGGACCUCCAGCCACUAGUUACGGAGUCCCAGCCGGCCCAUCAAAUGGAGGACGCCCAUCUAGCCAGUAUGGCGCUCCUGCUCCUGGAAAUGGAAAUGGUAAUGGUAAUGGAGGAUUUGGUGGACGUCCGAGUCAACAGUAUGGAGCACCAUCUACUGCAGUAGCCCGUCCUUCAAGUCAGUAUGGAGCGCCCGCUCUCGGAGGAAAUGGUAACGGUAAUGGUCCAUCUCAGCAAUAUGGUGCCCCAUCUCAAAAUGGUAAUGGCAAUGGUUUUGGUGCCCGGCCAUCCCAGCAAUAUGGUGCCCCAGCUCCAUCUAGCAACGGAAAUGGAUUCGGAUCUCGUCCGUCUCAGCAAUAUGGAGCUCCAGCUCCAGGUAGUAACGGAAACGGUUUCGGAGCUCGUCCAAGUCAAUCUUAUGGAGCCCCGUCUGCCAGUGCUAGCCGCCCUUCUUCGCAAUAUGGUGCUCCAGCUCCAGGCAGUAAUGGAGGAGCUCCUUCAUCCCAAUAUGGUGCUCCUUCCGGAGGAAAUGGACACAGCAGCGCUCCGUCUUCUCAAUACGGUGCUCCUUCCGGAGGAAAUGGACACAGCAGCGCUCCGUCUUCGCAAUACGGUGCUCCUUCCGCACCAUCUCAGCAAUAUGGUGCACCCAGUCAAUCUUCUUCCCAAUUUGGUGCCAUUUCCGCUCCGUCUCAGCAAUAUGGUGCCCCGAGCAAUGGAAAUGGACACAGUACUGGAGGAUUCCAGUCUAGUGUGUCUGGAAAUGGACUUUCACAAGCCUCGUUUUCGGCCAGCAGUUUCUCAUCAAACGGCAAUGGUGCCUCUUCCAGCAGUGGAUAUAGUUCCGGUAAACCCGGCUCAUCAAUUCCAGACACUAUUCCACAGUCAUACACCUCUAGUGGAGGCUACAACUACUAAGUACUGACCAAAACCCCAAACUGAUCCAUGACCACUAAUCAAAAGCAAUCUCCGAUUGAAAUGUGCCGUAAAAUAGCGUUUUACUUGUUCGACUAUGUACUACCACUUCUAAAUGAUCUUGUCUUUAUUAAAAUACAACAACUGGUCCUAACCUUACCUUCUCCAUACAAAAACAAUCAACAUGUAAUACUCUAAUAUAAACUUCUAAAACGCUGUAUGCCAAUGUGAAUAUCUCGAACGGAACUAUGUUUAAUUGUUUACGGUUAAUUAAUUUAAAUUAUUAUAAUAUUAUAGGUUAGUUGUAUGAUUUAUUUUUUUUGUAUGAUAUAAACCACAGCUUGAAAGAAAGAACUAUAAAUCUUCACAGCAGAAAGUCGAACAAAUCGCCUUAACGAGAAAGUACGAAUACUGUAGGCAAGAUUUCAACAAAGCAAGCUAGCUCACACGAUUUGUACUGAUGCACGAGGCAAUGCACGCGCGCAGAUCAAUUUUGCGUACCAUGCAUUUACAGAUGCGUAUCUACGCAUUUCCAUCCCAACAGAAACGGGUUGAUUUGGUCCGAAGUAUUGAAUUAUUUUUGCCAUCGCAUGAAAUUGUUUCACAUAUAGUUGGACUAUUUUUCCAGCAGGAGCACGAUAAAAAAAAAGGGCAAAAAAUAAAACAAAGCAUUUGCAAUCAUCAUUUUCCUCCAAA